AUGUGAACCCUUUCUCUGCAAUUUCACUGACAAGCAAUGUAUAAUUAGUUACACCAACAUAUCAGUGCAGACAUCCUGUUGGUUUUUCAAAAUUUUUAUUGCCACAUCAUAAAUUUAUCAUGAGCACCAGCCUGCAGUACCUUUCUGGAACCUUGCUUGUAGUAUGCACUGCGUUAUUCCUGCUAAAUGAUACUACAAAAUCUCAAUCAGCUGCCCACAGCAAUUAUACAGACCAUGAUGCCCUUCUCAUUUUCAAAUCUCUCAUCACUGAUGACCCCAUGGCUGCACUAUCAUCCUGGAACCAAGGCUCCUCUGUGUGUUCUUGGGCUGGUGUGCGCUGCAAUCGCCAAGGUAGAGUCUCCAUGCUCGAUGUACAAAAUCUCAAUUUGGCUGGACAAAUAAGCCCUGACAUAGGUAACCUCUCAGCCCUCCAAUCCAUCUAUCUACAAAAAAAUAGGUUCAUUGGCAAUAUCCCUGAUCAGCUUGGCAGGCUUUCCCUGCUAGAGACACUAAAUGGAAGCUCCAACCAUUUUAGUGGGUCCAUUCCUUCAGGUCUAACCAAUUGUACCCACCUUGUGACUAUGGAUUUAUCAGCAAAUAGCAUCACGGGUAUGAUACCUAUUAGCUUGCACUCUCUGCAAAAUCUUAAGAUACUAAAACUUGGACAGAACCAGUUGACUGGUGCAAUCCCACCAUCUCUUGGUAACAUGUCACUUUUAACCACCCUUGAUGCUAGUACAAACACUAUUGCUGGAGAAAUUCCUGAAGAAUUAGGUCACCUUCGCCAUCUCCAGUACUUUGAUCUCUCCAUAAACAACCUCACAGGCACAGUUCCAAGACAGCUUUACAACAUCUCCAACCUAGCCUUUUUCGCAGUGGCGAUGAACAAGUUACACGGGGAGAUACCCAAUGAUAUUAGUCUAGGGCUACCCAAACUCCACAUUUUCAUUGUUUGCUACAACAAGCUUACCGGGCAGAUCCCGCCAUCUCUCCACAACAUAACUAAGAUCCAUAGCAUAAGGAUAUCACACAAUUUCCUCACUGGCAAGGUCCCUCCAGGCCUCCAACGUCUUUCCAAGCUUGUUUGGUACAAUAUAGGGUUUAACCAAAUUGUUCACACCACAAGCAUAUUGGACGAUCUCACAAACAGUACUAAACUCGAGUACCUUGGUAUCUAUGAGAACCAAAUUGUGGGUAAGAUCCCUGAUUCAAUCGGUAAUCUAUCAAGUUCUCUUGAAAAUCUAUACAUUGGUGGCAAUAGGAUCACUGGACACAUACCACCAAUGAUUGGGCGAUUAACUAGAUUAACAUUGCUAAACAUGACUGAUAACCUACUAGAUGGAGAAAUCCCAUUGGAGAUCAGUUAUCUCAAGGAUCUAAAUGUGCUUGGGCUAUCAGGAAACAACUUAUCUGGGCCGAUUCCCACACAAUUCGGAAAUCUUACUGCACUGACAAUGCUUGACAUAAGCAAGAAUAGACUAGUGAGUAGCAUUCCAAAGGAGUUGGGCCACCUGAGCCACAUACUUUCUCUGGACUUCUCAUGUAACAAGCUCAAUGGGAGUAUCCCUGACACAAUUUUUAGCCUUACCAGCCUUAGCUCUAUACUAAAUAUGUCAUACAAUGCACUUACCGGUGUUAUACCAGAGAGCAUCGGUCGACUAGGGAACAUCGUUUCCAUCGAUUUAUCCUACAAUUUGCUAGAUGGCAGUAUCCCUACAUCAGUUGGUAAGUGCCAAAGCGUUCAGUCUUUGUCCGUGUGUGGCAAUGCAAUCUCUGGAGUAAUUCCUAGAGAAAUCGAGAAUCUUAAGGGCUUGCAAAUAUUAGACCUCUCCAACAAUCAAUUGGUUGGUGGUAUACCAGAAGGCCUUGAAAAGCUGCAAGCUCUUCAGAAGCUGAACCUCUCCUUCAACAAUUUGAAGGGUCUGGUGCCAAGUGGCGGUAUCUUUAAGAACAACUCUGCUGCUGACAUCCAUGGUAACAGAGAGUUAUAUAACAUGGAGUCAACAGUAUUCCGAUCAUAUUCCAAACACCAUCGUAAGCUAGUGGUUGUAUUAGCAGUUCCAAUAGCAUCAACAGUCAUUUUACUUAUCUUUGUGGGUGUCAUGUUCAUGUUAUGGAAAUCAAAAUACCUGCGGAUUGAUGCCACAAAGGUUGGAACCGCAGUUGAUGAUUCGAUACUCAAGAGAAAACUCUACCCACUUAUUUCUUAUGAAGAACUAUACCAUGCAACUGAAAACUUUAAUGAAAGGAACCUUGUUGGUAUUGGUUCAUUCAGCUCUGUGUACAAGGCUGUCUUGCAUGCCACUAGUCCCUUUGCUGUCAAAGUGCUAGAUCUUAACAAGAUUGGUGCAACCAAUAGCUGGGUUGCAGAGUGCGAGAUUCUAAGCACUAUACGACAUCGGAACCUAGUAAAGCUGGUGACACUAUGCUCAAGUAUAGACUUCAGUGGAAAUGAAUUCCGUGCAUUGGUGUACGAGUUUAUGACAAAUGGAAGCCUUGAGGAUUGGAUCCAUGGCCCAAGGCGGCAUGAGGAUAGCGAAAGAGGGCUCAGUGCAGUUGAAGUACUCUCUAUCGCCAUUGACAUAGCAAGUGCCUUGGAGUACAUGCAUGAUGGAUCAUGCAGGGCGGGUCAAGUUGUACAUUGUGACAUCAAGCCAAGCAAUGUUCUACUUGAUGGUGAUAUGACAGCCAAGAUUGGUGACUUUGGGCUUGCAAGGUUGCACACACAAACAUCUGCUAGAGACGAGGAAUCUGUUUCUACCACUCACAAUAUGAAGGGUACCAUAGGUUAUAUACCUCCAGAAUACGGAUAUGGAGCCAAAACAUCGACAAGUGGUGAUGUCUACAGCUACGGGAUAAUGCUCCUUGAGAUGAUCACAGGAAAGAGUCCUGUAGAUCAAAUGUUUGGAGGAGAGAUGAACCUGGAAAAAUGGGUGCGAGCGUCAAUUCCACACCAAGCUGAUGAAGUUGUUGACAAGCGGUUUAUGAUGACAGGUUCUGAAGAAUCCUCAGCUGAUGGGCAGCAACAACAGCAGGUUGAUACUGUGGACUCGAAACUGCUGUUGGAGACUCUUUUAGUUCCCAUGGUGGAUGUUGCAUUAUGUUGCGUUCGGGAGUCCCCUGACUCACGCAUCAGUAUGCACGAUGCACUGUCUCGGCUGAAGCGGAUCAAUGAGAAAAUUUUCAAGUCUCUCGCAGUGUCUACACCUUGAUUUCUUGAAGAAGAUGGUUUGCUGUGACGGCCAAUUGGAGCAUCAUCUGAACUGUCUUUUUUACGUAUAAAAUUUGUUUUCAGUGCUGUAGUUCUAAUUAAUUAAGAAUGGAGAUGACAACACUGACCAAGAGCACAUCUAGCUACUAAGGGUGUUUCAGUCUCAGUGGCACGGUCAAUUUUUAAGUUAUUGUACUCAAAUGUAAUUAUGUAAAUACUUACCGAGUUAUUAUACCCAUGGGCUGAAAGUUUUGUAAUAGUUAAAUGAACACAGCUCCCAAAUUCUUGUACCAAUGGUGCAAUUUUCUUUUUGAAAAAAAAAGAGAGAGAAGGAAAUAUAUAAGAGUAGUUGUACCAUACCAUGGAAAUAAAAUAAUUGACAGUUACUUUC